CUUUCUUUUUAUUCAUUUCUUUUAUUUUUUUAAUUUUUAAUUUUUUAAUCUUUUUUUUGCAAAAGAGAACUUUUUCAACCAUCUGGAAAACUGGAUAUAUUUAAACAGACAUAUCCUUAUCUGUCUGAAAUUUUUUUUAGCUCUUAUACCCCUUCAGUCAUUUAACAACCAAUAACUCAUUCCUUUUGAAUUACACCCAUUGGGAACGUAUAACCAACCUACUUACGUUACUGUAAACAUCAUAUCCUCACACUUUAUUAAUUAAAAAAUAACUAAAGUGUAUUCUACCAUCCUCAUCGAAUAAACAAAAUAAAAAUAAUAACCCAAUAUUAAAUUGCAUAAAUUCACAAGUUUACAAUUACAAUGAGUUACGAAGAUACUGAAAAACAACAAUUUGUGACUGAAAAGAAGAGUGCCGACUCUUUUGAAAAAUCUCUUGAAGGUGGACAUUCUGAUGAAGCUGAAGUUGCUACUGCUAAAGAUAUUAAUUUUAUUAAUCGUUUAGCUGCUAAAUUAAAUGCUGAAACUAAAGGUAUUGAAUUAGUUACUGAUGAAGAAAAAACUGAAACUUCAAUCAUUAAUGUGUUAACUAUGUGGUUAUCUGCCAAUUUAGUUAUUGCAACUUUUGCAUUAGGAGCUCUUGGUAUUACUGUUUUCGGAUUAAGUUUCUGGCAAGCAACCCUUACUAUUAUUUUCUUCUCCUUUAUUGGGGUUGUACCUGUUGCUUUCUUUUCUAUCUUUGGUCCUAAAUUAGGUUUAAGACAAAUGAUCCUUUCUAAAUUCUUAGUUGGUGAUUAUGCUAUGAGAAUUUUCUCCUUUAUUAAUAUGGUUGCUUGUAUUGGUUGGGGUGCUGUUAAUAUCAUGUCUUCUGCUCAAUUAUUAAAUAUUGUUAAUAAUGGUGCUUGUCCUCCAUGGGCUGGAUGUUUAAUUUUAAUCAUUUGUACUAUUUUAGUUACUUUCUUUGGUUAUCACGUUAUUCAUCUUUAUGAAAAAUGGUCUUGGGUUCCAAAUUUAGUUGCUUUUAUUGCUAUUAUUGCAAGAAUGGCCAUGUCUGGUAACUUUGAAUUUGGUACUAUGGAAGGUGGUAAAACUACUGCUGGUAAUGUUCUUUCAUUUGGUGGUUCUAUUUAUGGUUUUGCUACUGGUUGGACUACUUAUGCUUCUGAUUAUACCGUUUAUCAACCAAGAAAUGUUUCUUCUACUAAGAUUUUCUUUGCCAUCUUUAUUGGUUUAUAUACUCCAUUAUUAUUCACUUUAAUUUUAGGAGCUGCUUGUGCUACAGGUAUUAAUACUGAUCCAGCUUGGGCUGAUUUAUAUAACUCUAAUUCUAUUGGUGGUUUAAUCUAUGCUAUCUUAGUUCAAGAUUCUUUACAUGGGUUUGGUCAAUUCUUAUGUGUAUUAUUAGCUUUAUCUACUGUUGCUAAUAAUGUUCCAAAUAUGUAUUCUAUGGCUUUAUCUGCUCAAGCUACUUGGUCAAAAUUAUCUAAAGUUCCAAGAAUUUUCUGGACUAUUUGUGGUAACUUUAUUACUUUAGCUAUCUGUAUUCCAGCUUAUUAUCAUUUUGCUGAUGUUAUGGAUAACUUUAUGGAUUUAAUUGGUUACUACUUGGCCAUUUAUCAAUCUAUCGCAUUAUCUGAACACUUUAUCUGGAAUAAAGGUAACUUUGCUGCAUACGAUUAUGAACACUUUUAUGAUAAAGAUGUUUAUCCAAUUGGUUAUGCUGGUGUUUUCGGAUUCUGUUGUGGUGCUGCUGGUGUUGUUAUAGGUAUGAAUCAAGUAUGGUAUAUGUCUGUAUUAGCUCAUAAGAUUGGUGAUUACGGUGGAGAUAUCGGUUUCGAAUUAGCCUUUGCCUUUUCCUUUAUUGGUUAUAACUUAACCAGACCUUUGGAAAGGAAAUAUACCGGCCGUUAAUCUUUCUUCUUGUAACUACACUUUAACUUAUAAACUUUUUAUUAUAGCUUUAUUUUCUUCUUGAUAUCUUUUUCUUUAAUCUUUUAAUAUUUGAUUUGGGCUUUUACCUUUCUUUUUA